CGUUUUGACCGGAAACGGAAUCACUCAAGGAUAGGAAAGGAACGGGGAAAUCAAAAUAUCUGAUGUUUGGAUGGAGGGAUUUGGCAAGAAAACGCAAGAAAAUUAGAGAGGAAAACGCGAAGAAAACAGAAGUGUAGCGAACCAGAACUUCUUCUUCUUCUUCUUCUUGAAUGCUUUCUUUACGAUACUGUCUGCCGCUUAUUCCGACAAGAUUGGAAUCAAUUCAAGCAUCGAAGAAAAAGUGCCCGAGGAGCUAUAUUAUAUGCGAGCAGAAAGGGCCGCGGCCAAGAUAUCCUCGAGUCUGGAAAACGAAAACGAGAAUAGGAACCGUCUCCAAGGCAGCCAAGCUAGUUGACUGUGUGAGUAUCUCCUGCCCUUCCAUUCUGCUUCUCUACGAAGAAUUUGAUGUAAAGGGAUUGUCGAAUGUGAAGGAGGAAGUGUAUGGCGCACUUGAUUCUUUUGUCGCUUGGGACUUGGAGUUCCCCCUGAUCACUGUAAAGAAAGCAUUGAGGACUCUAGAGCAUCAACAAGAAUGGAAAAGAGUAAUUCAGGUCUCUAAGUGGAUGCUGAACAAAGGGCAAGGGAGGACGAUGGGAACAUAUUUCAUCUUACUGAGUGCAUUGUCUGAGGAUGAAAGGCUCGACGAAGCUGAAGAGCUAUGGAAUAAGUUGUUCAUGCGGUACCUGGAAGGCAUGCCUCGUAAGUUCUUCGAUAAGAUGAUGUCCAUCUAUUACAAGAGGGAUAUGCACGACAAGAUGUUUGAGAUAUUUGCUGACAUGGAGGAACUGGGGGUCCAGCCGAGUGUUUCGAUAGUCAACAUGAUCGGGACCGUGUUCCAGCAUCAAGGCAUGGUGGACAAGUACGAGAAGCUGAAAGCCAAGUACCCUCCGCCGAAAUGGGAAUUCAGGUACAUCAAGGGGAAGCGUGUGAGGAUUCGAGCCAAGCAUUACCGUGAAUAUGAGAGUGAGAGGGGAGGGGCGAAUAAAGCGGAUGCAAGUCUUGAUGGCUCAAGCGAAAUGGACGAUGAUGAGAACCCAGACGAAAGCAGCAAUGAGGAAGAGACUAGUCUCAGCUCGGAUGAGUUUGACGAUGAGCUCGACGAUCAACUGAGUAGAGACACCAAUAGCAGCAAUGGAAACGAAGGUUUGAGCAGGAUUGAGCAGGAGUAGCGAUGAGGCAGCCUUUGCAUCAUAUCAGCAGUCCAUGGAACUUGACGAUGCCAGUUGAAGUCGGUAACGUCUUGAGACGAGGGCCAAGAGUUGAUUCGUUCCGGACUUGCAGAAUGCCAGCACAAGAGGAAAUCUGGUCGGCAAAGAAACUCUUAAGAGGUGGCAAUCGAAUUCAAACCUGUUCAUGUCAUCAUUGUGCUGGGCUGCUGGGCGCUCAUCGUGAGAUGCAAAACAGAGAUCAUAGUUUUGAUAGAAGCAUAGGAACCUUUUGACGAGGGUAAGGCAAACAGAAGCCAUGUUUUACCACUGAAUAGUCUAGUCUAGUCACCCUUUAUUUGUCACUCCCAAAUUACAAUUCUUGUUUUCAACUUGGGAAAAAGAGUUCCA